GUCACCCAACCGGGACGAGAAACAGAAAUGACAUCACCAUCGGCCUCAAYGAAAGGCUUUUUGUUCUUCUGGGGAACCUCCCAUUCCACCCGAUCCAACCCAUUCGUUGGGCAAUCAACAACUUCCAACCAUCGAACCAUCGAACCAUCGAAGCAUCCAUCGAUUUUUUUUCGACCAUGGUGUUCGUGCCGAUGAAUGCUUCCGAUGCCAAAGCGAUCCGGCACCUCUUGACGGCCACCCAGCGGUCGGUGGCGCCUCCGCGGAGCGAAACUCCACGAGCGAAUGCCAACAAUGCUCCGUAUCGCUACCGCUUCGACGAGUUUGAYGACUACGACGACGACAGCGACGACGAGCGCGAUUUCCGAGACCUCUCCCACUAUUGCUCCAUCGAUCCCAAGACGGGGAGGGUCACCGAGCUGUGGCUGGGAAUCAUCGGGAGCCAGAACGCCAACCAUCCGCAACACACCACCGCCCAAGGUGCCGCAGCUGYAGGCAACUACUACUGGACGCUUUCGGAGGCCGAUUGGCAGUGGCUGGCGCGGUUGGACCAGCUGAGGCACCUCAAGGUUACCCGCUGUGGUGCCCUUCCCUACCGACAGCUAAAGGAGCUGCCCCACCUGGAACACAUUUCCUGCUCCGAGUGCGGAACCAAUCUCGACCCUCUCGGUGCGGGCGACACCGAUGAGGACGGUGAGGACGGCGACGGCGGCGACGACGACGAGGGAGAAACGAUCGCCGACGACGACACACCGCCGUGUCGUUCUCGGUGGAACCCGCCACAAACAGACAGCCACCGAAACACCGGAAUCGAUCUGCCAAACAUAAAGAGCCUGUCGCUGAGAUGYGCCUUCCARCCCACCGCUCARGGGAUUCGUUCCCUCGGGUCYGUCUUCGACUGGAUCAAGCACCACCUUCCGGGACUGGAACGCCUCACCAUCUGGAGACUCGACCAGCCGCCGAAUCGGUGGAGCCCCACUCCGCUGUCGGCCUACCAGCGCACCACCAACAAGAGGCUCAUGGUGGAAGCCCUUCUGGACGGCUUGUCGCCGCUUUCUCCCGGUGCCACCAAGGAUGCCRACGCGUGCACCAAAAGCAAUGCCUGGAGCAACAGGGUCACGACCCUCGAGCUCAAUCGAUGCGGGCUGACCUCGUCGGACUUUCGGCGAUUGGUCCUGGACAUUUUGCCGGGCUCCUUUCCCUKCCUCCAGCGCCUGUCGCUGGCGAGCAACGACAUCGACGAGCUGCCGCMGCUCAAGCAUCCGAAUGCCUGCCCGAACUACCACCAAGAGCCCGAACGCAAUUGUUUCCACAAAUACGAAUACGAAUGCGAAACCGAAUGCGACGACCCGACGUUUUCCAGGACCAAGCAAAAACUUUGCCGGCUGCGGCGGUCACUCCAACAAAUACACCUGUCGAACAACCCGAUCAUGGAAUUUCUGGGGAAGCACGGGGACGAAGAUCCACUGCCGUUGUCGCRAGAACAAAUGGAAGGGACGUCGUGGUCGUUCCCGGAAGAACRUACACCGGGGCGGGAAUCGGGGACGCAACCGCGGAAGCACACACUGGAACAGCGCCGGAAGCGGUUGUUGCACCGCUUGCWGGAAUCCGUCGACGAGAACCACACCACCRCCACCGAACCGUCGCUKCCGGCCGUCUUGGAGCGACGGGUUCGCCGACUGGUGGAGCUCGAACACCUCCGGGACUUGCUGGAGCUGUUCCCGCKGUUGUCCCACCUGGGGUAUGCCUCGUGCGUCCACAAGCUCUUGCGAUCCGUCGUGGGAGACGUCGUGGUGGACCACAACAACGACGGCAACGGCAACGGCAACGACGAAACCGAAAACCGGUGGUGCGUGUUGCUGCCCUUUGGCCUGUAUGCGAUGGACCUGCAACGCCAGAUCGAAUUCUACCUGCGUUUUAACCGCGGAGGCCGACGGCUGGUGGAGGGCAUCGGGUGCGAACCAAGGGCACAGCGCAACGAAGAACGACGAGACGACGGCGACGACGACGACAAGAACCACGGGAACGCCGGGGGCCGUCUCUUGGAAUUUUUGGCUCUUUGGCCAAACAUUCUGGAAUGGUCGUACCGGACGUCCUCCGGUGGGUGUUUUCUGAUGCCUCUUCCGCCCCUCUCGUCGUCGUCGUCGCACGCGGGUUCCGCUGCCCAGGCAKCACAACACGCUGUUUCCACGCCAACGCACCACUCCGCCGCAUUCUCCAACAAGAACGCAACGGCGUUGUACCGAUUGCUGCGGGAAGGUCCCGUAUUGUUUGGCAGCAGCGAACGKCAWUGACGGAGCAGUGAAUGGCACCUUAUACAAACACCACCAAACCAAUCAAUGUACUUUAGGAUU